AUGGAAACGUCCUCUGAACUGGAAACCCCCCUUGAUGCGGAAACUACCCUUUCCAGCCCAGGUAGAUGGAAAUUGACAGAAAUUGUCCUCUCCAAGAAAUACGAUCCCUUCUUACAUAAGUGGCUGAGAGUCAUUCAUAUCCUUCUGCACCUCUGUCUGAUGUGCGAAGCCGCGUUCCUCUUGGCACUUGCACACAACUUACAGUAUGGAGCUAAUGCCGGCAUCCUGCGGACGUUUGUUGAGGUGUUCCUGCCCUCUGCCCCGGCCCGUAAAUAUGUUUCUUUUUUAGCCUCAAUUAUCACCAUUGGUGUCAUCCUCAUGAUAUUCUUCCUUUUUGGCGUGAUAAUCUUCUGUUUCGGUUACAAGAAAAUCCUCAAAAUAUUGCCGAGAAUGGCUGUUGCCUACAUGCAGGAAAACCUGGUAACAUACAGUAAUCAAUACAGUGACAAAAACCUUCUGGCUGUUGAAGUCUGGGAUUUUGCCAAAGCUGACGACGCUUGGAAGUUGCGCCUGCUACCACGCAAAUUGUGCACCAAACAGCACGACCGGUACAUGAACAUGAUUCUGAAGAGAAACCCCCGUGACUUCACAUUCAACGAAACUGUCCAUCGCCUGUCAGAGAUGUUCAGCGAUAAGUCUUGCCUGUUUAUCAUUCCAUACCAGUGUCUCAAUCUGGUAAAAAACGAGACCGGCGAUUUUCUGACGCUCGUCAGUGCUGUGAACCGCGAGUGUCAAAGGUUCCAUAUCCGAGAAUUGACCAAUGACCAAUUCAAGUGCCUCUUCUGUGUGAGCGCUCUGCAGUCACCUCGUGAUGCGGAAAUCAGGACCCGUCUGCUCUCAAAAAUUGAACAGGACCCGAAGUCCACUCUACAGACAUUGACAGCCAAGUGUCAGCGGCUUAAGCAUAUUUAG